AUUCGCGCUUGGAAGUUACGGGGAAAAGCAACAGUGUCUAUCCCGUUUCCCGGAAAAGUAUAUGGUAUGAUUUGACCAUUUUUAUUUAUUCUCAAUACUGGGAUGACAAUAAACGAUUUAUCAAGUCAACGUGUAGAAUAUGCCUUUAUAUAUUACUAACAUGAAGAUGAGAUGCUGCUGCAAUUGUCACGAGCAGGUUCUAUUUGUUCCCUUCGCGAGUCGAUAUGCGCGAGGACAUUUGAAUAUUGGUUUUCCUAUAUCUUGAUGCAGUUCACGAAAUGCAACAUUCCUUGCACAGUAUCAUCUUUUUCGCAAAACAAUGAGUGUCCAAAUAGUGGGGAAGAUAGCGAAGAAGAUGUAAUAACUGAUUAUUUGGGAUCAUCGCAUUCUGAUUGCGAUCGUAUACCUAUUAUUAAUGGAGAUCUUGGCAGUUUAAAUUUACAUGGAAAUAUAAUUACUGAAACCGGCUACACCAAAGAUAAUACGGAAAAAACGGCUAUUACAAUGUCUGAAGGAACUGAUGAACAGCAACAGCAGCAUUCAUUGCUUACACUUGGCACUAAUAAUCAAAUCCAAACUAAUCCUUUGGUGCCAAUUAUCAGUGUCACGCCGCAUUCACCUGGUCUUGCUAAGAAUUACCCUGUUUUAGAGGACAACUUGCAACAUCUGCAUGAAAUCCAUGAUUGUAUUCAACGUAUGAGAGAUUUAACGCUGAGCAACUGGGGAUAUAAUCAUCGCACAUCCCACAAUGAUGUACCUCAACGAUUAACUUCAUCAUGUCCUUCUCUUUGUCCUUUAAUUUCAUCUGAAAUUGCACCACGCUCGAGCAAUAAUGAUACAGGAUCUGAUCCUGAUCUCCUUGUUAAUUGUUCCACCAAUAGCUCUCCUACACAUUUUCCAUCAGUAGGUCCUCGUUCACAGAAUGCACAAGGUAUAGAUAGGAGACGCAGCUGGACUGAUCUAGAAGACACUCGAUGUGGACGUCGCAGAUAUUCUGGACAAAAUCAUCUACAAGCACAAAAUAUGCGACAACGCAGUAUUAGUUUAAGUAGUCUAGACAGUGAAAUGGAAAUAGAAUUACAUGGAAAGUCUUGUACCAGACCUGUAGGAGUUGGCAAUCGAACAUGCAGAUCACAAGCAAGUACUCAUUCUCUCAAUGAAGCUGAUUUGGUACAGAGUGAAUAUCAGAAGAUAGUUACAAAACGAUUCAAAGGUAGUCAAAGAUUAGCAGACAGUAGUGGUUUAAUGCCUGGUCUCACAGGCUCUCGUUUACCUCUUCAGAAAUCUAUUUCAACACCUUCAAUUGUCACACCCCAAGUUAAUGCUCAUUUAGCAGAGACUGUAACUAGGACAACACCAUCACUUAAAACCCGACGUGAAAGAAAUGAAAAGGGUAGUGGAAGUGAGACUGAAACUGAAGAUCUUCACACACCAAACAGCCAUGAAUUUCAUGAAGAUAGAGAAGGCACUCCAAAUGCUCAGAUAUCCCUUGAUGAGCUACUGACUGAUGCAGUUGUAUAUGAUGAUCAUCAUUCAGAAAAAAGUAGAAGAAAACGAGGAUCUAUUUUUUUCCGUAAAAAAAAGGAUAAAAGUGGUAAGAAAACUAGUCAGCAACAUUUAUGGACGACAAUAAUGGCAGGACCUCAGGGAAGUUUACUAUGUGAUGUUUGUAUGAAACACUCAACAAAUAAACCUAUACUUCUACAUUGUGACCAUUGUGGAGUAUCUGUACAUCAAAGUCAAGGAUGUAAAGAUCAACUAGUGCUAGAAUGUAUUAAAUCAAAAAAUCAUUCUAGCAAAGCUGCCAUUAAAACUACAUCAAGUAUAUCCACAACUUCGAGUAGCUAUAAUGUUAAAAGAGGAUCUACUGCAUCAUUGCCAUUACCAUUAUCGUCUGGAAGUGGAAGGGAAAUUAACAGCAAGAAAACUGUGACAAGCUACAGCCCUUGGCGGCGAGUUGCUACUAAACUUGGAGUCAAUCAAACAAUAAAUGAGGAAAAAGAUGGAGAUGGACAACAUCGUGAUAUAUCUAGUGGAUUAGAAGGAUUUGAUCUUGGAGAUGAUGCUUAUCAAUUUACUGUGGGUGAUUUGGAAGGUUUGGAUCCUGAAUUAGGUUUAGCUAAAGAAGAACCUGAUUCCUGGAGUACCGCCAUUGGACAUAACAUCGCAUUGCGACUAGUUGAUAAUUGUGAAAGAAAAGUAAAAAGACAAGAACACAUUUAUGAGUUUGUACUUACGGAAAAGCAUCAUUGUUUAGUACUUCUCGCUAUGGAAAGAAUCUUUGCGGAAGGUCUUCGACGCCACUUUCGUUUAGGUCAACCAGAUUUAGAACGCAUGUUCCCGAGACUACGUGAUCUCAUUGAUAUUCAUUUACGAUUUUUACAAAAAUUACGUAAGCGACAAAAUACAAAUCCUGUUGUUCCUACAAUCGCUGAUAUAUUAGUAGAUCAAUUUUCUGGAGAAAAUGCACAACGUAUGAAGAGUGCCUAUGGAGAAUUCUGUAGCCGUCACAGAGAUGCUGUUGAAGCUUACAAAUAUUAUUUACGUCAUGACCCUCGAUUUGCACGAUUCGUGCGUCAAUGUCAGUCACAUCCUUUAUUAAAGAAGAAAGGAAUUCCUGAGUGUAUCCUAUUUGUAACUCAACGUUUAACAAAAUAUCCAUUGUUAGUUGAGCCACUCAUAAAAACGGGUAUUGCACAAGAAGAAGGUGAAGAUUUACGCAAAGCUUUGAGUCUUGUUAAAGAAAUUUUAGCCGAUGUGGAUGCAUGUGUUGCUGAUAAAGAAAGAGAAGAUAGAAAAUUAGAAAUUUAUAAUAAAAUUGAUGCAAAGUCUUUUGCAACUUAUCGUGGUACCAAAUUCAAAAAAUCAGAUAUUAUGGCAUUUAAUAGAAUUUUAAAAUUUGAAGGUACUGCAUAUUUAAUGCAAGGUCGUGGAAAAAUGACUGCCAUUGUAGUAGUUGUUCUUUCUGAUAUAUUAUUUUUUUUGGCUGAAAGAGAUCAGAAAUAUGCAUUUUUUGUGCCUGACAAUAAGGCUGGUAUAGUAUCACUUCAAAAAUUACUGGUUCGUGAAAAGGCUGGUCAAGAAUCUAGAGGUAUUUAUUUAAUAAGUAGCAAUCCAGCUGAACCUGAAAUGUUUGAAUUAAAAAUUCAAAAACCUAAAGAUAAACAAUUAUGGAUACAAGCGAUUAGAUCAGCAGUUGAAGCCUGCCCACAAGAAUUUGAAAAUGAAAUUGAUACAUUAACUGAAAACAAUAAUAAUAAUGAAAUAAGAGAUACACGUUCCUCUUCUAUAUCGUUUCUUUCUGUUGAAGAAAGGCAACGUUUAAUUAAAAUUAAAGAGUCACAUGUUCUUAAAAUAAUUGGUGAACUGCGUAAAAAAGAUGCAGAACAAGCAUUAUUACUUGAAGAAAAAAUCAAUUUACAAAUGCAACUUUUACAUGCUGCAAAUAUUUGGAGUGCAAAUGAAAAUAGUGAUAACGAAAGAAUAGAAAAAGUUGAUAAAGAAAUUCUAGAUUAUACUAGAUUAGUUCAUAAUGAAGGAACGGAUACUACACAGUUACGACAAGAGGUUGUUGCAGCUAUUCAAGAAGCAACAAAACUUGCUAGCUCAUUAUCUUUUAGUGCUGGUGGUGCUACUCUUUCAAGAAGUUUGAGUUCUGCAGGAGAACGACAUAGUGAAGCCUAUGUUCCAUCUGCUCUUUGUGUUCCUCGAAGAGCUGAAACAUUUGCGGGUUUUGAUCAUAACAAAGAAAAAUAUCCGUUACGAGAAUCUGCAAUUCAUUCCGUAAUUUCUCUUCCAAAAGUUAGUGAAUUUAUGAAAGAAAAUCUGGAUGAAAAAGAAAGUCAAGAUCCAGAAGUAAAUAAAGAUCAACAAUGGGCAGCAAUUCGUUUAUCUCAUCAUGUUUAUAGGUUGGUCUGUAUAAUUAGUAAUCAAAUGACAACAGUUGAUAGUUUACAGGCUCAAUUAGCUGCAUAUAAAGAAGGAAGUAUGGGUAAAUCAAAUAAUAGACCUAAUCCAAAUCGACAAUUAGAAGAAUUACGUAAUUUACAAGAUCAGUUAAGUCGAGAAAAAGCAGCAUUUCGUGCCGCAUCUCAACAAGAACAAAAACAAUUAGAAGAAGAACGGACUGAAUUGGCAAGGCAACGAGAACAACUAGCAGCAGAGCAAAGAGAUGUUACACAGCAACGAGAUCAAUUAUAUCGACGACUCGAAGCAUUAGAACGACAAGGAGUGACAUUAGUUACAGGUUCUGCACCUACUUCUACGACUAUUCAUUUAUCUCAUUUGACGCAAGGAAAUGAUACUGUACAAACACGAAAAUCACAACCAGAUGCUAAAAGAAUACCAUUAAAUUUAAUUAGUGCUACUAAUCAGCAAAAAGUGCAAAGUAAUCUUCCAGUCAAACAACAGUUGCCUUUAAAACUUGCUAGUGGGAGCAACAAUAAUAGAAGUGGAAGUACGAGUAAUAAUAGUCCUGAUCGACAUUCGCGAACGGGAAGCAGCCCGGCAAUUGUUACUGGAUCUACAUAUUCUUCACCAGAAUUAGGAAAUAAUCAUGCUGGUACGAGUCAUUCCUCGAAUCGUUCACUUCGAAUUACACGAUCGCCUCCAGAAUAUCCACAUCAACAACAGCAUCAACGAACAGAACAGCAACAACCUUUGGAGGAAGAAGUAAUUUUUUUCUGACGUUUCUUCGUUUUGGUCGGAAACAUUCUCGAUCUUCUCGUCCUACAACUGGCGAGGCUACUCCAACUUCCACAUUAACUCCCUCCCGAAAUCAAUCAAAAGAUGCUCAACCUAGAAGUCGUGUAAAGUCAUUUUGACUUUCAACAUUUUCUCGGUAAGAACUUUGAAUUAUUUUCAUUUUCUUCAUAAUUAUUAUCAAUUUCAAUUUUUCUUGUUUAUACUAUCUUCAUAUUUUUUUUUAUUCUCUUUCUAAUAUUUUCUUUUUACUUACUGAUAUUUUUUUUCUUUUAUUUUCUUUUUCUUCUCUUGACAAUUUUAUCUAUGUUGUAUAUCGAAAUACAACAUAGUACAUAAGUGAUGCAUUUAAGGUGUCCAUAAUAAUAGUGCGACUAUCAAUAAAAAAAAAAUAUACAUAUUAUUCUCAAUAUAAAAUAAAAUAAAGAAUAGUGUUACUUUUCAACUGCUACUGAGGGCAAUAAUAUAAUUUUUAUGCAAAUUCUCACAAAACCUAUUAUAAAAAGAGAAUAAAAAUAUAUGGACAAAUAAAGAAAUAACAAUUAGUGCUCAGAAAUAUUUGCGGGAAAAAAAAUGUUAAAAUGGCCGGCUUAGUGAGAUAGAUCAGCCGAUCUUGUUGAAUCCUUAUUCGUUAUGUUAUUAAGCCGACUGACAGUUUUAGAGACAUGAUUUUAGACGAAUCUUUUAAGCAAAUCUGUUGCAAUUUGCUGAAUACAAGAUAGAAAAAAUACAUUAUUAGAAUUGCAUAUACAUGGAUGUGUAUAUAGAUAUACUUUUUCAUGACAUAUGUAUGGCAUUACUUGUACGUAUGUUAGAAACGAAAAUGUGUGAAAAUAUAUGAAUGAAAAAGAGGUAGAAAAAAUGAAUAAUUCGUAUGUAACAUUUUCUUUUUGUGACACGUACAUGCGUGUGUUUGUAAAUGUGAAUGCAUGUAUGUGUACGAAUGCUUGAGUGACCGCGGUAGCUAUUCUUAUACUGUAACUUUAAAAGUAUUUUAAUACGUGCUAAAACGACGGAUAAGAUCUAUUAUUAUCAAUAAUGCAUUGCUGUUACGUGUGCCAAGCCACAGAUUAAAAUCAUUAAUUUUUUGAAUAUCAUUAUAUCAUUCCAUUAAUAAAUAUGUAUAAAUCAUUUUUAAUUUAACAAAAUCAAUAGCAAUCCAAACUACAUUUUACAUUUUACAUCUUUCUUCGAGAUUAUUCACUGCCAUUAUCAUUAAUCUGUAAUUUUUUUCUUUUCUUUUUUUUUAAGUAAUAUAAUAAACUAUUUUAUUUAUUGCAUUAUAUAUAUUAAAAUCGGCGAUAAUUUUUAAUUGCUUAAACUAUUUUAUUUAUACGAGAUUUUUUUUGUAAAGAAAGUUUUUAAAUAUUUUGAAAAUAAAAUUUAUUUUAGAAAAAGUAUUCUUUAAAAAUUGAUCAUACUGCACGUUUAAGAUAUUAGAUAAAUAUAAAAAUCUCGAAUGUGGUUCUAGAAUAUAGAUCAUUAUAUUUUUUGUUUUAAUACAUGAUGUAUGUUUAGAUUUUGCACGUAUUUGCCUCAAAAGAUGCUGUAACGUGCAAUAUGAUCGAAUAGAAGAACAGCGUCGUCGAGGCACGAUAAUAAAAUAUAUAACUAAUUAAUUUAUCUUCGUAAGGAAACAUAAUACUAUCAAUUUGUCUCAAUUUUGUCUCAAUCACAUACACACACAAUCGUGGUGACAAUAGUUCUUAAAAGUAUUUCCGUAAGAUUUAAAGAUUAUGAAAAAAAAAAAAAUUGAAUUCUUAUAAGUCUAUUACAAAAAAAAAAAAAAAGAAAAACAAGAAAAAAAUAAUCGAGCAUAUAUCAGCUCGUAAAGGAUAUUGUAUUAAUCUGUUAGUAACCUUCAUGGAUGAGUGUUCGACUUCAUUUCAAGAACACUUAAUACAAAAUAAAACAUUUUUAAUGUCAUAAUGCUCAUUAUAAAAAAGUAAGAAACAUAUAUAAAAAGUUUUAAUAUUGGAACAUAAUUCCAAAAAAUCAUUCCACAGUUAGAUAUUAUAAAAUAUAUAUAUAAAUUGUAUAUUCUUUAUAUACAUUAAGAACAUUGCACUAUGUCAAAUGUAGUUUAAUACAAUUAAAAUUUAUUGUUAUUAAAUAUUAUCCUUGUAUAAUGAAGUCGUACACCAUCUUCAGGGUAACGCGAAGAAUCAAACUGGAAUAACAACUAAGGAGUAGUGCGGCGGCCUACAUGCGUCUUUUGGCAUCUAACAUAUGAUGCUGUUAGACAGCAUAAGUUUAAAAAAA